AAAAAAAUAGAGAAUGUAAUUGAAGCCGACAACCCAACCCAAGAGAACACACUCCAUAAAAUGGGUCGAAGAGGGCAACUCUAACCAGGCCAAAGCCCAACAACCAUUUGGAGUGAGAAACGGGCCAGGCCCAAUUAUUCCCUCGGCCUCUCUCAAGUCCUCUCCUCUCCUCCCUCUGAAACUCAAAGCUGACCAAUGGCCAUGUUUUUGAUUGUCGAAGCGAACUCCUCCUUGCUCCAGCUUCACCACAUCAACGGGUUAAGCUAUGAGCUGUAAAAAAAAAAACGUAGAAUUGACACUUCUUAGAGACUAUAAAUUAGAGAAGAAAAUUUGAUUGAUAUAGAUUAUGAACCUUUGGAGCCCACUAUAGAAUCAGGCACACAUUUUUUUUUUUUUUAAAAAAAAUAUUUAUCUAUCAAUGGUUGAGUUUCUUGAGUAUUAUCUUUUUGACAAUGUUUCUGUUAUUUUGAUAUUUGAAAUUAGAUUGGAACACUAAAAGAAAGCUGUGCUGAUGUUAUUCUGCUUGAUUGGAAAAAAGAUUGGUAGUUUCUGUCAAAGACUCAAAGGAGCAAAGGAAGCUAUUUGCUUAAUUGAGAAUUUCUAAGAAAGAAAUGUAAAUGUUUGUCACUAAUUUGUAUCACUGGAGUUCUCUCAAAAUCCUAACUUCAACAAAACUCAACACAUCACAUUCACAUAACAUUUUUCGAUCAUACAAUUUCGUUUCUCGCUGUUCUUCCUGUGCCUCUCACCUUUUCUCAACAUUCUCUUGCAAAACCAGUCUAAACGAACAAUCAUGCGUGCAAUAUAUUCAGAGGUGUGGGACCUUGAACCAGCUCAAACAAAUACAGACCCAGAUUUUCAUGGCCGGAUUACACCAAAGUAGGGGUCCUAUCAACAAGCUCAUGGCCUUCUGCACAGACCCAUCUCUUGGUAACAUGGGGUACGCUGAAAAGAUAUUUGAUUUCAUUCAAGAACCAUCUCUGUUCAUUUACAAUGUUAUGCUUAAAGCUUUAGCUAAACAGGGCAGCUUCAAAAGAGUGGUUUGGCUUUUUAAUCGUUUAAGAGUGGUUGGCUUGUGGCCUGAUAAUUUCACGUACCCAUAUGUUCUUAAAGCAAUUGGGUCCCUGGGAGAUGUUCAAGAAGGAAGAAAGGUUCAUGGGAUUGUGAUUAAAACUGGGCUUGAGUUCGAUACGUAUGUAUGUAACUCCCUCAUUGACAUGUAUGCUCAAUUGGGUGAGGUUCAAUUUUUCACCAAACUGUUUGAGGAAAUGCCUCAGAGAGAUUCUGUUUCUUGGAAUGUCAUGAUUUCUGCUUAUGUUAAGUGUAGGAGGUUUGGGGAUGCUAUUGAUCUUUUCAGAUGUAUGAGAGUAGAGAGCAAAGAAAAGCCAACUGAAGCUACUAUUGUGAGCACCCUAUCCGCUUGUACAGCGUUGAAAGAUAUAGAACUUGGUAAGGACAUUCAUGAUUAUGUUAGAAACAACCUUGAUUUCACUGUCAGAAUCAACAAUGCAUUAUUAGAUAUGUAUGCCAAGUGUGGUUUUUUAAUCGACGCUCGAAAGAUUUUUGAUGAGAUGCCAAUGAAAAAUGUCAUCUGUUGGACUAGUCUGGUUUCUGGUUAUGUACACUACAACAAGUUGGAUGAAGCUAGAGAGUUGUUCGAAAGAAGUCCGUUUAAAGAUGUGGUGCUUUGGACGGUUAUGAUCAAUGGAUAUGUACAACACAAUUGCUUUGAUGAGGCAAUUUCUCUAUUCCAGGAGAUGCAAAGACAAAGAGUGAAAGCAGAUAGAUUUACAGUGGUUUCUCUCCUCACAGGUUGUGCUCAGUUGGGAGUAUUAGAACAAGGGAAAUGGAUUCACGGCUACAUAAACGAACAUGGAAUCAAAAUUGAUGCUGUUGUUGGCACUGCUCUAAUUGAAAUGUAUGGGAAAUGCGGGUGCAUCGAUGAAUCUCUGGAAAUUUUCGAAGGAAUAAGGGACAAAGAUACAGCCUCUUGGACUUCAAUUAUUUGUGGACUUGCCAUGAAUGGGCAGGCAAACAAAGCACUAGAGUUUUUCUCAGAAAUGAAAAGAGUUGGCAUUAACCCUGACUAUAUCACAUUUAUUGGUGUUUUAAGUGCUUGUAGUCAUGCAGGUUUGGUUGAAGAUGGCCGCCGGUACUUCCACUCUAUGACAACUCUGUACAACAUUGAGCCAAAGUUAGAACACUACGGGUGUCUGAUUGACCUUUUCGGUCGAGCUGGACUGUUACAUGAAGCAGAAGAGUUUAUAGAAAAGAUCCCAAAUGAUAAUAUUGAGACUAUUAUUCCACUUUACGGUGCAUUGCUUAGCGCUUGUAGAAUCCAUGGAAAUGUUGAGAUGGGGGAACGGGUGGCAAGAAGGCUAGCAGAUAUUGAAUCAAGUGAUUCUAGUGUUCACAUGCUUCUUGCUAACAUUUAUGCCUCUGCUGAUAGAUGGGAAGACAUGACAAAGGUGAGAAGGAACAUGAAUAAUCUCCGAGUUAGAAAGGUACCAGGAUGUAGUUCAGUAGAGAUUAACAGUUUCGUCUGUUAGUAUUUUAUUAGAGAUGUGAGAACACUAGAAUGAAGAAAUCCUUGUUGAGAUCAAUAGAGAAAUCUGCACCAAGAGUCCAAUUGCAUCUUCUUGUGUCCUUAUUGUUGAAGCUAUGAAGAGACAUUUGAAAGAGUCCAACUGCUGCUUCUACUUACCAUGUUCUUCAUUGGCCUAGUGUGGUUUGUUUAAUUAAAAUCACAAAGCCCCUUGUGCAUGUAUUAAGAAUAGUUGAUGGGAUGCACUUACUGUUCGUUUCUUACGCUGAAUUAUAUAAUAUUGAUUUGUAUAGUAUUAUUUUAAAUUGUAUUGUAUAUUAUAUUUUUGUGUAA